AAUGGAAAACGAAAUCGCGCCGUUUACUUACAGCGGCAGCUCCGCCGGGAUGAUGAACUCUCACGGAGAAUCGUCCGGUGGCGUCGUUGCGCCUUCUCGCAGCCGCAGCGUUAUGCAGCAGCGCCGCCAAGAUAUGGUGAACCGAGAGGCCUUGUGUUACACGCGCCUGCACGAGGCGUCUCUCGAAGCGGAAGUGCUCCGUCUGGAGAACACAGAGCUCCGAUCGCUGAAUCUCCACCUCAAGAAAGAGCUCGACCAGCUCAUCCGAUCCUCUCUCCACUUAAGCUUGGGACUUGUGCUCAACAACUAACUACCACGCAAAAGGUAUAUGUGCGAGGAGGGAAGAAAGAAGAAGAGGAGGAGGAGGAGAUAGAAGUGGAGGUGUACAAUCAAGGGAUGACAAAGACUGAGCUCUGCAACAAGUGGCAAGAGACGGGGACAUGCCCAUAUGCUGACCACUGCCAGUUCGCUCACGGGAUUAAAGAACUCCGCCCGGUGAUCCGCCAUCCUCGUUACAAGACUGAGGUUUGCAGAAUGGUUCUUGCUGGUGAUGUCUGUUCUUAUGGCCACCGUUGCCACUUCCGCCACUCACUAUCUGACCAAGCGAAGCUUACGGCUGCUGGUUGCAAAUCCAACAACAAGUCCUCCUUCAAGCUGGUCAAAUGACCAAAGGUAAAUGACAAGAGAAGGUUUGAAUCGUAUACAUGUAACUGAACAGUAUAGAGAUAUUUUGAUAGCUAUUCAAAUAGCGUUAUUGGUAAAAAAGGCGAAUAAUGUGCAGCAAGUGGGUUGUUUGACAUUUUGUUUCUCGAUUAUUUCUGAGAUUUGCGAUCCGAGAGAAACAGUUUUCGGUUAGUCAGAUGAUUGUUUUGGUAAUACAUACUAGAAGAUUUUAGUCUGUUUGGUU